AUGUUGCGACCAUGGCUGCGCCAAGGGCCGCGAGCCACUCGUUCCUUCACUUGCCCGCAAUGCCUUCAUCUGCUCCGCCGCUCGCCGCAGCAACAGCUUCAACAAUCCCUUCUCCCUUCCGCCACCCUCGCUUCUCCCCGACGAUCCCUUCAGACUACGGCAGUCCCUGAGUCAACAGACCGGGUUCCCCUGCGCAAGCAGCUCAAACAGGACGCCAAAUCGCUCAGGGCGCGCAAACGACAGACUCGCGAGGACGAGGAAGCAUCCCGCCAAAAAUGGGAGUUGACAGUGGGAAUUGAGAUCCACGCGCAGCUGAACACCGAGGCCAAACUUUUUUCCAAAGCGCCGACCUCAUCGGCGGAACUCCCCAACUCCAAUGUAGCCCUCUUCGAUCUCGCCUUUCCCGGCAGUCAACCGGAAUUCCAAAUCGCAACGCUCCUCCCCGCCCUGCGCGCCGCCAUUGCUCUCAAUUGUGACAUCCAGCCCGUCAGCAAGUUCGAUCGAAAGCACUACUUCUAUCAAGACCAGCCGGCCGGGUAUCAAAUCACGCAGUACUAUGAACCCUUGGCGAAGAAUGGUUAUGUGGAUCUCUUCCGUUAUGACGGAAUCGCCCCGGAGGAUGGAGACCACGUGCGCAUCGGCAUCAAGCAGAUUCAGAUGGAACAGGAUACGGCCAAGUCUCAGGAGUACCCUCCCUCGAUGCAGUUACUCGACUUCAACAGAGUCUCCCACCCCCUCAUCGAGAUCAUUACAAUGCCCCAGAUUCACACGCCGGCCACCGCGGCGGCCUGUGUGCGAAAGAUUCAGUCGAUCCUACAAUCCUGCAGUGCGGUUAUAACUGGUAUGGAAUUGGGUGGUUUGCGGGCGGAUGUCAAUGUCUCCAUCCGUCAAAGGGGCGACGUUGCCGGUAACCAUCGGUAUGGCGGGAUCGGAGGUCUGGGACAGCGUACGGAGAUCAAGAACCUUAGCAGCUUCAAGGCCGUCGAGGACGCCAUUAUCGCCGAGAAGAAUCGCCAGAUAGCUGUCUUGGAGAGCGGUGGUGUGGUGGAAGGUGAAACCCGUGGCUGGACCAUCGGCAGCACUGAGACGCGCAGAUUGCGUGGCAAGGAAGGAGAGGUUGACUACCGCUAUAUGCCGGAUCCUGAUCUCCCUCCGGUCUAUAUUGGGGAGGAUUUGAUCUCGGAGCUCAGACGGACACUGCCAACAGGCUCUGAUGCGCUUCUCAGUCUAUUGACCGGAGCGGAAUAUGGGCUGACCAUUGAAGAUGCCAAACCACUUGUAGAGCUGGACGACGGUGCUCGACUAGAAUAUUAUCAGGAUGUCGUGGACCUCCUGCGCCAACAGCACCCGGGAACGGACUCGAAGACGCAGCAGGCACUGGCGCGCCUGGCUAGCAAUUGGGUGCUGCACGAACUGGGCGGCCUCCUGACCAAGGCGGAACUGGCUUGGGACUCACAGCCCGUCCCCGCCGAUUCUCUGGCCUCUUUGCUUGACCAUCUGCAACGAAAGCUCAUCACUGGUCCCACGGCCAAGCAGGUGCUGGCUCUGGUGUUUGACGGGGAUCAGCGCUCGAUCCCGCAGCUGCUCGAGGAAGAGAAUCUGUUGCUGCGGCCUUUGUCGCGGGAGGAAUACAUCGCAUUGGCGGAGGCAGCUAUUGCACUAAACCCAUCGAUGGUUGAGCAGAUUCGACAGAAGAACCAACUGGGCAAACUGGGUUGGUUUGUAGGACAGAUGAUGCGCAUGGGAGAGAAAGGGCGGGUGGAGGCGCCCAAGGCUGAUACAAUAUUGCGGGAACUGAUCCUGGAGGGAGCGAAAUAGAUGUAUAGCAGUGCCGAUGUACGAGUACAGUGCGUAUGUACAGAGACAGAGUAGCUAGAUCCUAGAUCGGAGCUGAGUCCGCG